AUGACUACGGGACACAAAGCGCUGUUUGUUUGGUUAUUGCUAUUGCUCGCCCUUGUCUUUCUAGUUGUUUAUCUGGAUGGUGGUUUGGAUGGCGAGCCAUCGAUAUUUUUUCUAAUUUUAGGAUUUUUUGACAUCCUUUUUCUGUCCAGUGCAGUGAUCAAAAUAAUACGCCAUUACCAGAUUUGUGGAGUGGGAGGAAGGCAAUACGAUAUGAAUACACCAUACUCGAUGACAGCAUACGUUUAUUCCUUAGAAAAGCGAACUUCUGCUGUUGUCUUUGGUAAUUUAAUUUAA